GACGCGGGCAUCAUGAUCAACGCGAUAUGUGGAUGGCUCAACGACGGAGCAAAUGCCCAUCUCCGUCGCUGGUUGCACGGCAGACAAGACAAGAGUGAUAGGUAUCGGGAAACAGACGGACGGGACUUGGCAAGCAUGGCAAACCAUGGCAUGGCACCUUCAACUUGACUUGUGUAGUGUACAAGGCAGGCAGGAAUGAUGGAUGGAUGAAAUGAUUUGGUCAAUUGCGGGUGUACAAACCUGUCCAGUCCUUGAUCAUCCGUCACAUCAUUCUGCCACAUUUCCAUGGAUGAGACAAGAGUCCUCGCUUGUGACUGGUUGGGAAGAACCUAUCGAUGACGGUGGGAGAGGACAGGACAGGAAAGAGUCAGACAGCAUGAUGCCGGAGAUGACGGGAGGUAACUUGAAAUCUAAACUGGACAGUGACGAAGUAGAAUGGGUUAAGGGUGAUUGCUCAUUCCAGUCCAGUCCUUCCGUCACUUCCACCAGACAUUCCAUUCCAUUCAUCACACUGCAGAUUUAAGACCAGCCUUCUUCCCUCCCUCCCACUCCCGCUCAUCACCUCUACUCCCUCAGUUCAGUUUGCUAGGACAACAACAACAAAAACAACAACGCAGGACAACCAGCCACUACCAUCACAGCCCACCCUCCGCACCAGCAGUAUCAACAAAGAACAUACACUCAAUCACCAUUACCACCAUAAUCGUAAUCUAAAGACACCGAAAUCAAUCACCAUGGCCUUCGGACGCGGUCCCCGCACCCCUCACACCGGCACCACCGGCACGACAACCACCACCACCGGCACCACCCGCGGUGACCGUCCCAGCAUCUUCAACCCGAUCCUCUCGCUCUUGAACAUCUUUGUCUGGAUCUCCUCCGUCAUCGUCCUGGGCAUCGCAGCCUACGAGAUCCACCAGUUCAAGAAGUACUACGACGCGUACCCGGGCGCCCGCAUAGUGUACAUUCUGGUGAUCGCCGUCUUCACGGUCGCCUUCUUCUUGCUUUCGUUCCUGCUGCACCCCCGCCCCGGCUACACGUUGCUGUUCAACCUCAUUUUCAGCUACCUGUGGCUGGUGUCGGUGGUGUUUGCUGCGCAGAGCUGGUCGAGUCGCCAUGUGGCGAGGAAGUGGCAUGCCAUGGAGGCUUUUACGUUUAUUGCUUUCUUCGGCCUGUUUUUCAACACCCUCUACGCCUGGUGGCAGCAGCACCGCGCUACUGUUCCCACCCGCACUACUACUGCUGCUGUCGUCUAAGCUUCCUUCCCUGUGAAGUGAAGUGAAGUGAAGUGAUGCUGCGGCUGUGCUCAUGGAAACUGGACUGGACUGGAACAAACAAACGAUGCAAGCAAACGAAAACUAAGGAGGUCAUCAUCAAUGCAGCUACCCACCCGUCUGCCGCGAUGCCUCACUUUGUGUCUAUGACAGGUAGUACCUGGUGGAAGUGAGAGACGGAUACCCCUAUUGUGAAGACCUUGAUGGUCUUUUUCUAAUACCUACCUACUUACGACUUGAUGACGGAUGAUAUCGGACUGGACUGGACUGGACUGGCUGGAAAUGAUGAUGGCGAGGCGAGAAAUCAUGGCUUUCCCCCCUUUAAUACCCACCAAUACCCCAAUACCCCUAAUACCCACAAUGUUACUUUAAGGUACCUAACAAGGCAAUGGCGGAUCGAUGCGAAGCAAUGGAGUAACGGCUGUUAAUACCUACGUACGGAUUGGAUGGAAUACAUACCCUUCAAUGAAAAUCUCUCAUCUUUUUCCAUGCGU